CUGAAUUUUAGGGAAUUUGCAAUGGAUAAUUCUACAUACUUUUUGAGAAUUUGUAGGUUUUUUAAGGUUUUUAAAUCGAUAAUUAAGAAAUGCGAUACUAAACAUAUCGAUUCCAUAAUUAACCAUUUGUCAAAACCAGAUCUGUUGGACAGGUGUGCUGAUUUGUCACCUCUGUGCUCAUUUCUCAAACCUGUUUGGAUAUAUUAAUCGGAAAGUUACUAACCAGUGAGGUUGUCAGACUUGGUCAUUCUCUAGAAAGGUAAUGGAGUACUAUAUUUUGCAUUUUAGUAUAUAGAAAAGUAAUUUUGUCAUGUAAAAGUAAUAAGAUUCUAUUCUCCUUUUUUUUCUAGUUAAAAAUGUUGAUAGGUUGGAUGGUAUACAUAUUUCUGACUCUAUGCAUCCACGAAGCAGUUUCAGAUAAAACUGGAGGAUCAUCAGGAUUAUUGUAUCUGAAAAAACCGCUCAAGAAACACGAUAUGAAAAGCCUCAAAGUGUUAAAAGUGGAUGCGGAUAAAUUGAUUAAACUUUCUAAGGAAAGAGGUGGGAAGAAAAGCGAUUCUGACAAUUUACCUGUCGAAAUUGAGUAUUUGUUGAAUUUAACUCAGAGGAAAAUAACGAAGAAUCGUAAGUACGGAUUAUACGCUUUAACUCAUAAACGAUCUAAAAGAACACUCGAAGACGAAGAAUACGACAUAGAUCUUGAUGCUGCUGAUGUCAAUCUCGAAGAAUUCUUUGCUAAUUUGAAAAGAAAUGAUGAUGAUACUUGCUUGGCUAAAAUGGUUUGUGAAAUGGCUACAGGGAAUCCAGCAUUUGGUCAUUUUGGAAGAGAAAUAACAGAAUUAUUGCUUUCUCUAGAAUCUUAUGAUCCUAAUGUCUCUUGGAAACGUUACAAACAAGCAGCAAUGAUUGGGAGGAGAGCUAGAUCAAACAGUACUUGUAAAAGAAGAUAUCCUUCAUGUGAUGCCACCUUUGAAGAAUUGCUUGCUGCUAGUAGGUGUUUGGAACAAGGUGGAGAUUGUCUUCAACCGUAGUUUCUAUAUUUUUUGUUUUAAUUUCAUAUUCAAAAUUAUAUUUUCAUGUUAUUGUGUACAGAGAAAUAAAUGGUUUG